AUGGGUGAACACAAAAUUGGACAGCUUUUGAAAGACAUGGCUGUCAAGUCUGGUUUAAUUGCUGCCACUGGUAAGAAACUUACCAAUCAUUCGAGCAGAAAAACUUGUGUGCAAAAGCUAAAGAAUGCUGGUGUCCCGAGGGACAAGAUUAUUGACGUUGCUGGACACAGUAAUAUUCUCAGCCUUAAUUCAUAUGAAGGAGAUGACGAGAAUCAGGCAAGGGAACUGUCAAAUAUAAUCAGUGGAUGCAAGCAAACAAGUGGUAUUCAACAGCAACCUGCUAACAGCAGCCCCAAUAAGGAUAGACUAGCCCUUCAAGCUAGUUCUUCCAGCAACAGUUUAAGUACCAUCAACAACUUUACAGGUAGAGUGAAUUUCUAUGGUGCAUUUCCUGGCUUUCCAGGUCUAUGUAAUAUGCCAGUGCCAACUCACCAAAGCACAGAACCACAACGUACAUGGAAAAGGAUCAGAGCUUCUGUACUCUCAGACUUAGAUGAGGACUAGCUAUUGCUGACUGUACAAAAACUUUAAAUUUACACCUUUCUUGUAUUCAUUGUAGUUUUGCACUUUUUUAAUGUGUGUGUGUCUUGUACAGACUAAAAUAAUUAAUUUCAUUUGUUCUGCACUUUGUUAAUUGCAUUCCUUCUUAGUCUUUUCCAUCUUUAUUGUGUGUGUGUGUUAUGUCUUUACACACUUUUAUUUCUUGAUAUUGAAAACUGGAUAGUUUCAAAAUAAUGAAAUUCUACAUUUUUUGACCUUAAAGUUUUAUGGUAUUGUUAUAUUUAUUAUAUUUAUUAAAUUCAAUUGUGAUAAUGAAAUUCAUUUCUAUUUGGACUACAGCAUGUAUUUAAAAAUGAAUUAAAAUAAAAAAUUAUUAAGAUUUCAAUCUGUUUUUUAUCAGAGACAGUUCCCAUAGUUUUCCUUGCGAAGCUGUAUUUCCUCAUUAGCUAUAUAAUUAAUAAGUAAGAGGACUACGGCCUCCUCUAAUUUUGGCUGUCCUCGGAAUUUUUUCAUCCAAUUAUUUCCAAAUUGGACAGCAUGUAGUCCUAUUACAUAUACUAAUUUCUGUAAAGGUUUUGAACAAUUAUAUCGCAACCACAGAGUUACUCCAAACACGCAUCUGCACACACACCUUGUGGACUGUAUCUUAGACUUUGGACCUGUGUAUUCAUUUUGGUUGUUCAUUUUUGAACGGUAUAAUGUCAUUGUAGGAGACUACGGAACUAACCAGAGGUCAGUUGAAAUACAGCUUAUGCGAAAGUUUAUUUCCAAUCAAUUUGUAACAGACUUGCUAUUGCCUACCGAGUUUCAUGAACAUUUUAAACCUAUUAUGGAAAGACGUAUUUCCAGACAGACAGGCAGCUUACAAGAAUACUCUUUGAGUAAAGAAAACAGUGAUUGUAGAAACUUAAUCAUGACCAGUAUGCUUUCUAUUGGAAAUGUCCGCAAAGGUGUCACUUGGUCUGCCGAAGAUUCUUCAUAUGUUUGUUGUGGGCCUCAUCACAGAGAUUGCUUGGGCGACAAGUUUCUGCCAUAUUUAAAGAAGUGCUACACAAGCAUUUUUGAUGAUGUGGAUGAAGAAUUCAUUACUGGCCAUUUCAAGAGAUUUGCACUGUGCACAUUUUCUGGAGAUAAAUAUGGGUCAAGCCUGUCACGAGGAGACGGAUCAUUAUAUAUUCUUGCAAGGUGGUGUGCUCUUGGAGGAAAAAUUGACACCAGUGGAAGUGAUGUUAGGCCUAGUAUCAUUCAGUUUUUCAUGGAACAGACAAUCAAAGUCAAUGGACAGCCUGUUCCGUGCAUACUUACUUUUGUGCGCCGGUUUCAAUCACAUCCUUCACGGUACUCCUUAGGUGCUCCAGUGGAGGUGUGGUGA